UCUGCAAAGCAGCCAAAGCCGACCUGGUCUUCCUGGUGGACGGCUCGUGGAGCAUCGGGGACGAGAGCUUCCUGAAGAUCAUCCGCUUCCUGUCCAGCACGACCGGAGCUCUGGACGUGAUCGGGCCGGACGGGACUCAGGUGGCCAUGGUCCAGUUCAGUGACGACGCUCGCACCGAGUUCAAGCUCAACUCGUACGGAGACAAGGAGCGGCUGCUGGACGCCAUCAACAGGAUCUCCUACAAGGGAGGAAACACGAAGACGGGUCGAGCCAUCCAACACGUGAAGGACAAGAUCUUCACGGUGGAGGGAGGAGUCCGGAGGGGAAUCCCCAACGUCCUCGUGGUCCUCACGGACGGACGCUCCCAGGACGACGUCAACAAGGUGUCCAAGGAGAUGCAGAUGGAAGGUUUCAUCGUGUUCGCGAUCGGCUUCGCGGACGCAGACUACGGCGAGCUGGUGAGCAUCGCCAGCUCGCCCAGCGACAGACACGUCUUCUUCGUGGACGACCUGGACGCCUUCAAGAAGAUCGAGGAGAAGCUGGUGACCUUCGUGUGCGAGGCCGCCACCGCCACUUGUCCUUCGGUACCAAUGAGUGGCAGCACAACACCAGGGUUCCGGAUGAUGGAUCUCUUCGGCCUGGUGGAGAACCGGUACAGCAGCGUCUCCGGUGUUUCUCUUGUUCCCGGAACCUUCAACACGUUCCCGUGUUUCCAUCUUCACGGCGACGCCCUGCUGGCGCAGCCGACCAGGUUCCUCCACCCUGAGGGCCUCCCCUCCGACUACACCAUCAGCCUGCUGUUCAGACUCCUGCCCCGCACCCCCGAGGAGCCCUUCGCCCUGUGGGAGAUCCUGAACAAGAACAACGAGCCGCUGGUGGGAGUCAUCCUGGACAACGGAGGAAAGACGCUGACGUUCUUCAACCACGACUACAAAGGAGAUUUUCAGACGGUGACGUUUGAAGGGACAGAAAUCAAGAAGCUCUUCUACGGGAGCUUCCACAAGCUUCACAUCGCCAUCAGCAAGACCAGCGCCCGGGUGGUGAUCGACUGCAAGACGGUGGAGGAGAAGUCCAUCAGCGCCGCGGGGAACAUCACCACCGACGGGCUGGAGGUCCUGGGCCGGAUGGUUCGGUCCAGAGGGAACAAGGACAGCUCUGCACCGUUCCAGCUGCAGAGCUUCGACAUCGUGUGCAGCACGUCCUGGGCCAACAGGGACAAGUGCUGCGAGCUCCCUGGUCUGAGGAAAGAGGUCGACUGUCCGGCUUUACCCAAAUCCUGCACCUGCACCCAGGACAGCAAAGGGCCCCCCGGCCCCACUGGACCCCCAGGAGGCCCUGGAAUCAGAGGAGCCCGAGGUGAUCGUGGAGAGCCAGGCCCGGUGGGGCUGACUGGUCCAGUAGGCGAUGCUGGUGUCCAAGGACCUCAGGGGCCCCCGGGACCCCAAGGACACAGCGGACGCUCCAUCAUCGGACAACCAGGGGCGCCAGGAGAGAGAGGGCAGAAAGGUGAGGCCGGACAACAGGGACCACAGGGAGUGGCUGGUCGAGCUGGAGCUAUAGGCAGAGAAGGACCACCAGGACCCAGAGGCCUCACAGGGAAAGACGGCCUGCAGGGCAGAGCGGGGCCCCCGGGCACCAUCGGGACGCCAGGGGCCCCGGGGGCUCCGGGAAACACCGGCGCUGCAGGAAAGCACGGCGAGCUGGGACCUCCGGGCUCUGCCGGAGGCAAGGGAGAGAAAGGUGAACGGGGCGACCUGCAGUCCUCGGCCUCGGUUCAGGCCAUCGCCCGGCAGGUGUGUGAGCAGCUGAUCCAGAGCCACAUGGAGCGAUACAACUCCAUCCUGAACCACGUGCCCAGUCCGCCGGUGUCCAUCCGCACCGUGCCAGGGCCCCCUGGGGAGCCCGGCCGCCAGGGCACCCCGGGGACCCAGGGAGAGCAGGGGCCGUCAGGGAGACCCGGAUUCCCAGGACAGAACGGGCAGAACGGGCAACCUGGAGAGAGAGGUCAACCAGGAGAGAAGGGGGAGAAGGGAUCUUUAGGAGUCGGAGUCCAAGGCCCCAGAGGACCCGCAGGACCCCCUGGUCCUCAGGGUCAGGGCAGACAAGGAAACCAGGGUCCGUCAGGGCGGCCGGGGAACCCUGGGGGCUCCGGUCGGCCUGGGGUCCCUGGUCCAGUCGGCCCUUCGGGGCCCCCGGGGUACUGUGACCCCAACUCCUGUGUGGGCUACAACGUAGGAGAUUACGAUCAUCCGGGGCCUCUGUUCUAACACUUCACUGACUCAGCGUUAAAGUUGAACCUCUGUUGACGCUGCUGCACGCUGCUCUAACCCAGAGACCUUUACUUUGAAACAUCUCAACAUGAAAUCAGCUGAAUUAAUGCAGUUUGAAUGACAGUUAAUAACCAGUAAUAAUAAGUAAUAACCAGUCUGAGACUGACCUGAGGAACAUGAGGAGGUUCACACUGAGAUUCUCUCAUUUCACUGAUCGAAGCUUCGUCUUACUUUGAAAUCUGUUUGUCUUUGUAACCCCUGGUAACGCUUUUUAAUCAUUAAACCCUUCAACGCUUAGCAACCAUCGGUAACCCUGGUAACCCCUGGUAACGCUGGUAACCCCUGGUAACCCUGGUAACCCUUGUCCUUCUGUGUCUCUUGCUCUUCUCUUCUGGCCCCGCCCCCUUUCCUCCUGUCUCGCUAACCCAAUCCAAACCAAUGCCUCAACAUUGCUUCCUGUGGUGGCGGGUCGGCCAUCUUUGUUGUGGGCGCUCACUGAUGGUGUGGCUGGCUGG